AUGCAACACAAUACUACAGAUACUUGGAAGACCCAUGUCCAGGCUCGUUUGCAGAAGCUGGAAGAAGGAAACAAACUGGACUGGUCGACAGCAGAGGCUUUGGCUUUCGGCUCGCUCCUCUCCCAGGGCUUUAAUAUCAGAAUCAGCGGACAGGAUGUGGGAAGAGGAACGUUCAGCCAUCGACACGCCAUGGUGGUGUGUCAGGACACCAACGACAUGUACAUCCCUCUGAACCACAUCAGCCCUCAGCAGGCUGGCUUCCUGGAGGUGUGUAACAGCCCGCUGUCUGAGGAGGCGGUGCUGGGAUUUGAGUACGGUAUGAGCAUCGCUCAGCCGAAGCUCCUUCCCAUCUGGGAGGCUCAGUUUGGAGAUUUCUUCAACGGAGCGCAGAUCAUCUUCGAUACCUUCCUCACUGGAGGUGAAGCGAAGUGGCUGCUGCAGUGUGGGAUGGUGAUCCUGCUGCCUCACGGCUACGACGGAGCCGGACCCGAACACUCCUCCUGCCGCAUGGAGCGCUUCCUCCAGAUGUGUGACAGUAAAGAGGAGGGUGUGGAUGAUGACCGCGUGAACAUGGCUGUGGUCAACCCCACCACGUCCGCUCAGUACUUCCACCUGCUGAGGAGGCAGAUGAUCCGUAACUUCCGCAAACCUCUCAUUGUGGUUGGACCCAAGACCCUGCUCCGAUUUUCUGGCGCAGCGUCCAGUCUGACUGAGCUGGCUCCAGGAACAUCCUUCAGACCAGUGUUGGGUGAUACCUCAGUCUCUGCAGCAAGUGUCCAGAAGGUGGUGCUGUGCUCAGGGAAACAUUACUAUGCCCUGCUGAAACAGAGAGAGACAUCAGCAGCCAAUCAGAACACAGCACUGAUCCGUGUGGAGGAGCUCUGUCCGUUCCCACUGGACGCCCUGCAGCAGGAGUUCAAAAAAUACCCCAACGCCAAAGAGUUUACUUGGAGUCAGGAGGAGCCACAGAACAUGGGCCCCUGGUCGUAUGUAGCCCCCAGGUUUGAGAAGCAGCUGGCCUGCAAGCUCCGGUUAGUGAGCCGCCCUGCUCUGCCCGCGCCUGCUGUCGGCAUCGGGAUCCUCCAUCAGCAGCAGCAGGAGGCCAUCCUCUCCGCCACCUUCUCCUAAAACACGCAGCAACACUGACAACAGUAAACAAGCAUCAAGACUACACUACAUACUGGCAUCUGCUCUAAUCCUUCAAAGCAGCGUCAGUAAAUGUGCUUCACGGGAGAUGCAUGGGAACUUUUUAGAUGAUAAGGAUGUACGGUUCAAAUAAAUAGUUAUUAUAAAGAGCAAAUAAAGGGAAGACAAUAGAGUUUUUUUAAAGAGGUUUUUAAUUAUUAUCAGGAAUGGCCUGAAUUUGUUCUCCCCUUUCUUGUUUUGACUUUGCCUGUAUUGUUUAUGUGUUCAGUGUCAAGGCACUGUGGAAAGGGAAAAAAUACAUAUGUGGGUGGGAUCUGACUCGAGGCCUUAGAGACAUUGUCUACAGUGCAACUGAAGUAAAGGAGCACUAUCAGCUGACGGUCAGAUUUUCAGCACUGGAGAUUAUUUCUCUUGAUACGACCUCUUAAACCUGGAAAACUGUUAAAAAACAAACCCAGUUAGAACCGAUAUGCUAAAACUAAGAGUAUGGAGAGACAGACUCACCCAUGGUUGGUUUACACUCUUAUUGUCUAUUCUAAAGGACUUGCAUUUAUCUCGACUCUUGCAUCAGCGGUACAUUGAUCCAUUGACUCUGUUGCUGCUCGCCUCAUGCAUUCAGUCUCCUCUAGUUGUCCGUUGUUCUGAACAGAAAACAUUAGAAGUUGUUGGAAAUAUCUUUGAAAUAUUUAUGUAAGAACAGGGAGUACUUUAACUGGAUUUCUGAAGAAAGUAAAAAGACUUUUGAAUGUUUACGCAGCCUUGAGUAAGAUGUAUUUGGACAUUUUAUGCUACAAAUUAAUAUUUAAUCAUGCUUCUAAGACUU